AUGCAGGGCCAAAGCAAGGAAGGAAGGGAAGGUGAAACUGACAGGAACAGAGGCUCUGUGGGACAGAUGCUCCCUGGCUCCCCACACGUGCAGUGGCAGGCAGUGGGAUCUGAAGCUGGUCAGCCGCUGUCGACUUAUCCGCAUUCCUCCUUGAAAGCAGGAAAUGUUGAUUUUCUGCUGUGGUUCCUCGCACUGAUCCACUAUCUCCAGAUCCCCGACCCCGCAUCGGAACUCCAAUGGAUCAUCGACGAACUCCAAAAAGCCGAGUCCCGAGGCGACAAGGUCCACAUCAUCGGCCACAUCCCCCCCGGCUACCCCGACUGCCUCCCCACGUGGAGCCGCAACUUUCGCCGGAUCGUCCAAAGGUUCCAACCGGUGACGCCUUCGAGGAAGAACUCCGAAUCGAACCACGCACGCAGACCCUAUUCUGAUUUC